AUGCGCGUGCUGCUGCCGCUCCUGCGCACGGGUUGGGGCUGGCGCGCGUGGGCCCCAGCUGCUGCCCGCUUGCCCCCGGGAACGAGUACGGGGCCCGGGCCGCACCGCGCCAUGGCCCUCUACCGAACGGAGGAGCGCGGCCAGCCCUACACCCCCGAUUACCGCCUUUUCUUCAAGAAUGUAGCUGGUGACUACAUUUCCCCCUUUCAUGAUAUUCCUCUGAGGGUGGACUCUACAGAGGAAAAUGGCAUUCCUACAAAGAGAGCACGAAAUGAUGAAUAUGAGACUUUGUUUAAUAUGGUUGUAGAAGUACCUCGGUGGACAAAUGCUAAAAUGGAGAUUGCCACGAAGGAGCCAUUGAAUCCCAUUAAACAAGAUACAAAGGAUGGCAAGCUACGCUAUGUGGCGAAUGUCUUCCCUCACAAGGGUUAUAUAUGGAAUUAUGGUGCCCUCCCUCAGACUUGGGAAGAUCCCUGUCGAAAGGAUAAUAGUACAGACUGCUGUGGAGAUAAUGACCCUAUUGAUGUUUGUGAAAUAGGCUCAAAGGUUCUUUCUUGUGGAGAGGUUAUUCGUGUGAAGAUCCUUGGAAUUUUGGCUCUUAUUGACCAGGGUGAAACAGACUGGAAAAUAAUUGCUAUCAAUGUGAAUGACCCUGAAGCCUCAAAGUUUCAUGAUAUUGAUGAUGUUAAGAAGUACAAACCAGGUUACUUGGAAGCUACGCUUAAUUGGCUCAGAUUUUAUAAGGUGCCAGAAGGAAAACCAGAAAACCAGUUUGCUUUUAAUGGAGAAUUCAAAAACAAGGCCUUUGCUCUUGAAGUUAUUAAAUCUACUCAUGAAUGUUGGAAAGCAUUGCUUAUGAAGAAGUGUGAUGGAGGGGCUAUAAACUGCACAAACGUGCAGGUAUGCGACAGCCCUUUCCAUUGUACUCAAGAGGAAGCGAGAUCAAUAGUUGAACUGGUGUCCUCGUCACUGAAUAAGGAAAGUAAUGAAGAAGACACAGAGCAAGUAUGGCACUUCCUUGGCAAGUGACUGGAACAUUUGAAGUUCUGUCAUCAAGAUUCCAAUCUCUGAGGACUCCACGACUCCCUCUCCCCAAAUGCUAGAGAC